GGAUAAAAAUGGAAUCGACCAGUGCGAUCAUGUAUCCUAUUAUCAGCGAAAGCGCUUUAAUGAUGAAUAUUGAGGCAUUCGAGAAGACAUCCUUGUCCCAAGGAUGCUUAGACAGGCCCACAGUUAGAGCUGCUGGAUUCCUUAGAAGGGAUUCAUCGACGGAGAUCAUCGAUCUAAACAAAUUAGCCCAGAAGAGUACGUCCGUGAUUCAAUACGUUGAAGUUAUCGAUGCCGAGGGCCGUUUGUACUGCGUGGAUGAUCUCGUGAGCACUUCUUGCUGGUUAAAAAUCAUUAAAUUCGCAAACGACUGUCAAAGUUGCAAUGUUCUUCUAAUGAUCAAUGACAAUGGUAUAGUGUUGAAAACGAUAAGGAAUGUAGCUCCUGGCGAACCUUUGCUUAUGUGGUUUACAGAGAAUAUUUUAGCGAUGCUGAGUAUCCCUUUCUUAACCCCCUCCAACAUCCAAGGCAAGAAUCGCUACAUCUGUCACAUAUGCAACAAGCUGUUCGAAUAUCCCAAUCCUUUGAAAAUUCACCUGGCCCUAAAGUGCAAUCGACUGGACACUAAUCAUCUAUGGUCUGUUCUGACGAAAGAGUUUGCCUUAUCGUCGAGGCCGAGCUUGUCUCUCAGCUUGUUUCCUCAGUCGACUUUCAGAUUCAAGCUAACAAGAUCGCCCGAACCCUCGUCCACCGGAAUAUCGCCAAUCUUAGUAGAGACUAUGGAUAAUAAUGUUAUCCCUCCUAAUAACAAUUCAUCUGAAUCGUCAGAACAACCUUCUCCGUCAUCCUCGAAUCCGUUUUCCCCAAGUUCCGUGCAAAUUUCUCCCAAAGACCCGUCGAUCCGAGUCUCUCCCACGGGCAAAGAUAUAUUGCCAUAUCGUCAAUCUGCGUUCAAACCAUACACAAAUCAGAGCAACAUGUUCGCAAAUGUGUGCCCCUUAUCGAGAACCGAUACCGUUUUAACGUCGUACAACGUUCAAACGAGCACCGCGUCGAUCAGCACCGAUGUUCACGCGGCGCAAAUGGAGACGAUAGUUAGCAAUCUUGGGAAAUCAAAGCAAGGGCAUCUUUGUAUUUAUUGUGGAAAAGUUUACUCAAGAAAAUACGGUCUAAAAAUUCACAUUAGAACUCAUACCGGUUAUAAACCAUUAAAGUGCAAAUAUUGUUUGCGACCUUUUGGAGAUCCUAGCAAUUUGAAUAAACAUGUUCGAUUGCAUGCAGACGGUGAGACACCUUAUAGAUGUGAUUUAUGCGGAAAAGUUUUAGUUAGACGACGAGAUCUUGAGAGACAUUUAAAAUCGAGACAUCAAGAAAAUCAGGAGCAGACUUCGGAUACCUCGUCCGAUGGAGUUGACGUUUAACAGACAAAUGCUAUAUAUUUUGUGAGACAGUAACUAUUACUUCGCUUAGUUUACAUCGGCGAACAAAACUGUCUUCGAUAUUAAAAACAAUUAGUUCAUAUUAGUAAACAAAGUCAUCUGUGAAGUUGAAUCUUGUAAAUCUUGUAAAUUUUGUAAAUUGGGACAUGUUUAUAUAGUGAGCGCUUUUGUGAUCAAAAUGUCAAUUAUUUUUAUAAAAUGUUUGAAAUAUGAUUGUAAAUAUUUAAUUAGAAUAAGAAAAGUAAUUAGUGAGAAAA